UCUUCAAUUUGAAAUUUCUCUCUCACAAUUUCAUCAUUUUAUUCCUAUACUUUUAAUUUUUUUACAACAAUUUUUUCUCAUUAGCAUUUUUUUUACAAAAUAUUUAAUUCAAAAUUUCAUCUUUUUACUUCAAAUUACAAUUGUUUAGGCCAAAUGGAUCCUAAUCAUUUUCAUUAUCAACAAGCUUUUUUCAAUUACAUGCAAAAUUAUCAAAAUCAUAAUCCUCAAAAUUCUCAAAUUCCACCGGUGCCAACAAACCCCGCCAUAUUUCUUCCGUCACCAAACAAUCCAAAUAUGUAUCCUAUACCUCAAAUGAAUUCUAAUAGUAUGGAAUUCUCUACUCAAGUUCCACCAUUUUCUACUCAAGUCCCACCAUUUUCUACUCAAGUUGGUACUGAAAAAGAAGAAAGGGAUCCAAUUGUGGGAGUUGAUCAAAAGGCUGAGAGUUUUUGGUUAAGAAUUGCUGCUAGUUAUAACCAAUAUCGUGGGCAAUUGCGGGAAAAGUUAGGGGGACAGUUAAAAUGUCGAUGGCAUAGAAUAAAUGGCAUGGUUCAAAAAUUUGUUGGGUGUUACAAAAUUGCUCUUAAAGAAAAGAAAAGUGGGACAUCCGAGACCGAUGUCAUGGCAGAUGCACAUGCUAUUUUUGCUCAGGAUCAAGGUACAACAUUCAAUCUUGAGUAUGCAUGGCGAUUGUUAAAAGAUGAAGCUAAAUGGCGCAUCGUCGAAGAAUCGAUUGGAAGUUCUGCAAAAAUAACAAAGACUUAUGCUAGUGGGGCAUCAUCGGAGAACCCAGAUACAACUUCAAGUUAUGAGUUUAACUCAUCAUCACCAAUGGAGCAUCCAAUGGGACAAAAAGCAGCAAAAAGGAAGGGUAAGGCAUCCGAAAUUCCAAAUGCAACGCAAGAUGCAAAGAAUAAAAGAGCAAUAACAAUGGACAGACUUGCGCAAGCUAAGGAGGACGAGCUAGAAUUAAGGGUAGUGCAAAUGGUGAUGAAAGACACUUCUACUAUGAACGAUAGUCAACGAGAUAUUCAUGAAAAAUAUUGUAAUAAGAUGAAGAAAAAAAUAUGGAAUGUAGUUAGUAUCACUUAUGUAAAAUGGUCAUUAGUACCACUUUAA